GGAAUUAGUGUAGUUUGGAUUGUUGAAUUUUACUUGGACGCUUAAAAAUUAAGGAAUAUGUCGCGGAACGUGACGCUCUCGGAUGAGCAGAGCCGGCUGAAUGCGCGCCUGGAGGCGCACAUGGUGUACAUAUGCCCGGAAUGCGGAAAGGCCUUUCGCACGCAGGCCGAGUGGCGUCAGCAUCUGAACACGAAACACGACUAUCUGAAGAAGACCUACUCGGACUUCAACUUCAUUCAGAUCGACGAGCGCUUCCACGAGUGCCAGCUGUGCUUCAAGUGGGUGGAGAACGCCCACAAGACUAUUGCCCUGCUGCAGUACCACUACUUCAUGCACCUGGAACACAGUGAAACCUACCGCUGCGUACACUGCCGCAUGGCGUACACAAGGCGCAGGGCUCUGAAUGUCCACCUCUUGGACACGCACAUGCGGGAGAUCGAGAAGUACGAGAACAAACUGCGUCAGAUGAAGCGGCAGCAGCAAACAAAGACCUCCACUGUGGCAGGAUCUGAUUCAGGAAGUCCAUCAAAGGGACGCGGCCGCCCCAAAGGAUCUGUGAACAGAAAGCAAAAGGAUCUGCUGCAAAAGGCUCUCAUGGACAUCGAUCUGAACACGGAGUUGGAGAAAUCUCCCACUCAACCAGCGGCAGCAGUAGCAACAGCUCCUGCGGUCGCCACUAAGGUCAAUUCAAAUGUCAGUGAACAGAAUCUGGAUCGGUGUUUGAAUGCCUACGAGGACAUCGUGCGCAAGGAGGAGGAAAAGGUGUCCAAGUAUGAAGACGAUCUGGAUGCUCUGUGCCAGGAGAUCUUUGAGGAUGGCACUAACACCAGCAAAGGAACAGCAGUUGAGGAGCAGCAUCUGGCGGAAACAGAACUGCCACAGAAAAAUCAGGAAGUGGUAAUCAUCGAGAUCGACGCCCUUGGCAAGGAUGAGGUGGCCCAGUUGAAGAAAGAUAUGAAAUCGGACUCAGUGGUUCAAGCAGCUAAGCGUCGUCGCCUGUCAACGACGCCUACCCGCGACUCAGAUACAGAGAUGUCCACCAAUGGCCUGAUAAAGCUCGUGUCAUACUUGUGCCCAAACUGCGGCAAAGAGAUCGCCUCGAUGGAUGGAUGGCGCGCGCACGUGUUCAAGAAGCACGACUUUGAGCACAUUAUCGAGAACAGCUUCAAGAUUAUGGAGCCGGGGCGCAAGGCCAUGUGCCUGCACUGCCGCGAGGUGCAGCCGACGACCAAUAGGUCGCUUCUGCAGAAACACUACUUCAAGCAUCUGCCUUACAGAUCCUACCUUAAGUGCACACUCUGCGAUCGCACCAAGACCAGCACCUCUAAGAUUCUCAACCACAUCCGCUACAACCACCAGGAGGAGCUGCAGCGUAAGAACAAGACGCAAUUGCUCAUAAAACCGGAGCCCAGAUGGUCCAGUCCCAGUAGGUCCGGUAAAGCAACCAAGCGGGAUGAAGCUGGUUCCGAUGGCGAGGAGGAUGGAGACGAGGAAAAUCUUGCUUGCGAGCACUGUAAUAAAACAUUCAAAACCAAAUGGCGCCACGAUCGCCAUGUAGUCGCAUGCAAAAGAGCUGGGGUUAUCCGGACAUCAUCGCCAGUCGAAGGCACCGUCGAAGCCAUGCUGAAUAAUCUGCGAGAGGGGCAUAUUCGAAUGAACGCUAUCUGGAAAGCGAUGCAACGUGAAAAGCUUUAGUUCUAGCUUAGUUUAAGUCGAUUAGCUGAAAAAUAAAGAAUCUGAAAGAAUUAUUUAACUUUUGAUA